AUGUCUAAGGCUCUUCUGAAAGUAGGUGCGCUUGACGUUGUAUUGGUACGAGCCGCCUCGGUCGAUAAGCUACGAGUGCAAGAACUGGAGUCAUAUGGAGCCGAAGUUUAUGGCAUUGCGUACGAUAGCGAGUCACAGCUUGUUGGAAUACUGAAAGGGACAGAUGUUGUCAUUUCUACCCUGAAUUGUUCAUCACUGGAUGAUCAGGUGAAACGGGACGUUUCGUAUAAACCAACUUCCGAGCCAGAUAACACAAUCUCACGCGACCCAUCCGAUCAUGCGGCGGCUAUUGGGCGGGAAGUGUUCUCAGGACGAGCAUCAGAAGGCCCCAUAUCCAGCUCACUUCUCCAGGCUGGAAGCCAAAACCCUUGCGGGAAGCCAUCUGACGUAUUCCGUCGAAUCAAGAGGUGUGGUUGA